UUUUUGUGUGUACAUGUGCGUUGUUGUAUUGUAAUAGUGUGUGAAAGAGAGCGCGGGCCUCCCGGAUGUUACGUCGUGUUGUAUGUGUGCUGUGUGUGUGUGUGUGUAUAUGUGAGUGUGACUGGACACCGAUUUGAUUGGCCAUCGAUUUGAAAAAAAAAAAAAAAAAAAAAAAGAAACUUAACAGCAAAUGGUCGGGGUGAAUUAAACCGACCCGGAUUCGCUUUUGGGUUUCGGGUUACUCCUCAAACCGUUGUGUUUUUUUGUGGAAAAAAAAGAAAGAAUUACGAAUUUGCUUUUUGCCUCCCCCGUAUUCGUCUCCAUCCGUCCGCACAGUUUCCGCUCCGAGUUUAUUUGUUCGUUUUUGUUUUUUUGUUUGUUAGUUUUGAGGGGAGGGACGCAAGUGAGCGGGGGGUUGUGUUUUCCUUGCUCGUCUCCUCACGGUUCGCUACUUGAGAAGAAAAAAAAAUCUGCUCAAGAAUUUCCAGGAGCGCGCACACACACACACAUCUAUUCGAUAACGACCGCAAUGUCAUAAGGAACCGCUGCGCCAGUGUGCCUACACACACACACAUCUAAGGUGUGUUUUUAUUUGUUGGUGUUUGGUGUGUGUGUGUGUGUGUGCAGAAAAGCCGAGAGACUCUUGUUUGCUCGCGUUCUCUCUGAACCUCCUUGUGUGAGGGCGCGUGUUGCGGAAUGAAGGAAAUAAAGAAAGAAUAGAUCAACGAUUAAGAAAAAAAAACUAAACGAAAAGAAGUUGGCCAAAAGUUUUGUUUUCGAUGAACGACAGUCGAUGUGAUGGAUCGUCGGGUGGGAGAUGAAGUAGACGAAGGGGUAGGGCGAGGCGAGUUAGACAAAUCGCCCGUCAUCGCGACCAAGAACCGGCCAUCAUCACCGACAUCAUUAUUGCCACCGCUGCAGACGAUCGCAUGCCCGGAUCCUCUGGCCGCCUGUCCUGUCGACCACCAGUCGACGACGGACAAUCAAGUGGAACAUCAACAAAACGAAGCGACGACACCCAACGUCUUUGUCGAGUGCAGUCCUGCUGACGAAGACGAUGUCGUCUACUACGCGGGCUAUCACUCGGACGAGGUCGAUGAAGAUUUGGAGGAUUUAGAAGAAGAACAAGAAGAGGAUGACGAUGAUGAAGUGGUCGAAGAUGAAGAAGAAGAAGAAGAAGAAGAAGAAGAUCAAGUCGAUGGUCAUGAUGAAGAAGAGGAUGAUGAUGGUUUACCCUACCCGGGUUUCAUACCCGUAACCCUCGGCUUCAUGACUCAAUACAACCGGCCAAGGAACCUGUGUUUGCGGAUGAUCACCAAUCCGUGGUUCGAGAGAGUCAGCAUGGCCGUCAUCUUCUUCAAUUGCGUCACGUUGGGAAUGUACCAGCCGUGUAUCGACCAGGUCUGCAACACCAGUCGAUGCCGAAUUCUCCAGAUGCUGGAUGAUUUCAUAUUUGCCUUCUUCGCCCUCGAGAUGUCCAUCAAAAUGAUCGCCAUGGGUGUUUAUGGUAAAGGAACGUACCUGGCCGAAACGUGGAACAGACUCGAUUGUUUUAUUGUCAUUGCUGGAGCGGUGGAAUAUUGUUUGGAUAUGGAGAACAUGAAUUUAUCUGCCAUCCGGACCAUCCGAGUUUUGCGGCCACUAAGAGCCAUCAACCGAAUACCCAGCAUGAGGAUAUUGGUGAUGCUGCUGCUGGACACGCUGCCCAUGUUGGGCAACGUCCUGUUGCUCUGUUUCUUUGUCUUUUUCAUCUUUGGCAUCGUCGGCGUCCAGCUGUGGGCCGGCAUUCUGCGCCAGAGGUGCUACCUCGACCUGCCAAAAGGCAUCGUCCCACCUGCCACUUUGACAUUGCCUCCGUACUAUUCGGACAAGGUGAAGGUGACCCUGCCUCUGUCCAGCUACUACAAAGUGCAAGAAACGGAGAAGGACUACAUUUGCUCGCUGGCCAAAGACAGUGGGAUGCAUACGUGCUCCUCGCUGCCUCACACCAAAUCUGACGGACGAGUGUGCAAUGACAGCGUCGUGCCUGGCAUACCCGUCGGAAUGGACGGCCUUUCAGUCAACGGCUCUUGUAUCAAUUGGAACCAAUACUACACCGAUUGCAGAGCUGGUGAAAAGAAUCCUUUCCAGGGAGCUAUAUCCUUUGAUAACAUCGGUUUGGCUUGGGUUGCCAUCUUCCUCGUGAUUAGUUUAGAGGGAUGGACGGACAUCAUGUACUACGUCCAGGAUGCCCACUCUUUCUGGGACUGGGUCUACUUUGUCCUCCUCAUUGUGAUCGGCUCGUUCUUCAUGAUCAACCUGUGCCUGGUGGUGAUAGCCACGCAGUUCUCCGAGACCAAGAAGCGCGAAAUGGAGCGGAUGCGACUGGAACGGGCCCGCUAUCAGUCGACGUCGACGCUGGCCAGCACUUCGGCCAGCGAGUCGGCCUCGUGCUACCGCCAGAUCAUCAAGUACAUUGCCCACCUGUGGCGGAGGAGCAAGCGACGCAUCCUCAGGAGGUACCGGGCCUACCGCAGCCGGAAGAGGCAGCUGGAACAGCAGCAACAACAACAGCUGGAUCACCCCCAAUAUGGCAAACAACAAUCAGCCACGCAUUCGCUCAGUUUGAGGACGAGGCGGAAACAACAACGGCGCAGGAAGAGGAGGAGGAGGCGGAGCAGGCAUCCGCAUCCUGAAUGCCCCAAACAUGGCGUCCAACAACAGGAGCAACAACAACAGCAACAACAGCAGAGACAUAGCCAAUGUUCUAGCAGCUUUCGAGUGCCGUCCGUGAGUUCACAGGUAGCGUUGAGAAUCAAUGAUGGGCCGGCUUCGCCUCUCGAUUCGCCCGUGCCCAUACUCUCACACGCUCGGCGUGCCAGCGUUGCCGUCUCCAUCGACCAUCAGCGAUCCUCUCCAUUCCUCUCGCCCAGAGGAUCGUUGGCACUGGCCGAUGAUUCGUCGGACUCGUCGCAAUUGUUGACGCCAAGGACGCCUAGGCGUCGCCGGAGUAGUGUGAUGUUUAGUGACGUCGUCGUCGCUCACGGCAUGAGCAACAGUGCGGCCGACGUCAAUGUCUGCUGGAGCGAGAAGAUCACGCAGACGGGCGGUUUCGCUACGGAGCCGGUUGCAUCCGCCGGAAGUGAGUCUCGUCAGCCGCAUCAUCAGCCAUCCGGAUCGUCUCAUCCGUCGUCACCGAUGCCGUUCAAUCGCAAAUCGUCGUUGAGGCAACGCGUCCCAUCCAACCGGACCAUCGACGAACGACGGCCUAGCUGUCCGGCCGCGGCAUCUGGCACCUCGGUCCCAAACGGAGCCGGCCUAACCUGCCAAGAAUUGCUGGCUCUUAGUGGAGCCCUCGGGGCAGCGCUGCCCACGCCUUUAGCGUUGCCCAACUACCCGUCGGACGAGCCGACAACUACCGCGAUGGUUGUUGCUCCUCCGGCCAAACACAGCAACAACCAUAAAUGCAAUAACCAGUUAUUGGCACCGCCGGGCAUGAUGCCCAUCUUACCAACUUUGGCCAUGUCUCUUUGGCCCGAACCGUUUCAAGAGCCUGGACUGAGCGGCGAUUGGACAACGAUGCCGUGCGUGAACGCGGCAGAGACGGCCGUUGACGUGGAGACGGACAAUGAAGACGAUUGCAUUUGCUGCUCGUCGGAUGAAGAAUAUUCAGCGUCCGAUGAAGACGUCCCUUCCGAAGAUCAGAACGAAGAUUAUUACGAAGAAGAUGAGGAACAACAAAGAGCAUCGGUCCAAGUGUUUGAACGUCGUCGUUCGCCCUUUUCUCGCUAUUGCUCGCUCAUCAAGGAAUAUUAUAAGACGUUCCAGCGCAGCGUCAAAGCCCUCGUCGAGCACAAAUACUUCCAGCAAGGGCUACUGGGCGCCAUUCUCAUCAACACGCUCAGCAUGGGCAUCGAAUACCACAACCAGCCGGAAGAGUUGACGCUGACGGUCGAGUUUAGCAACGUGAUUUUUUCGGCCAUCUUCGCCAUCGAGAUGCUGCUCAAAGUGAUCGCCGAAGGUCCGCUCAACUAUGUCGGCAACGGGUUCAACGUCUUUGACGGCGUCAUCGUCAUCCUCAGUCUGGUGGAAGUGUUUCAGAGUUUGAAUCGCUUCGAAGGGGACGAUGGCGGCAGUUCGGGCCUGUCUGUUUUGAGGACGUUCCGUCUUUUGCGCAUCCUGAAACUCGUCCGUUUCAUGCCCAACCUGCGCCGUCAGCUGGUCGUCAUGUUGCGCACCAUGGACAACGUGGCCGUCUUCUUCGCCUUGCUCGUCCUCUUCAUCUUCAUUUUCAGCGUGCUAGGCAUGUAUCUGUUUGGCGGUAAAUUUUGCAUGCGCGAGGACGGCUCCCGGUCUUGCACGUGCGCGGAGAUACUCGACCGCGAUCCCGGUUGCGUCUGCGACCGCAAACACUUCAACACUUUGCUUUGGGCUACCGUCACCGUCUUCCAGAUCUUGACACAAGAGGAUUGGAAUGUGGUUCUAUUCAACGGUAUGGAGAAGACGAGCCAUUGGGCGGCUCUCUACUUUGUGGCGCUCAUGACGUUCGGCAACUACGUCCUCUUCAACCUGCUCGUCGCCAUCCUCGUCGAAGGAUUCUCCGCCGAGAGGACGGAGCGACUGGAACGCGAACAGCGUGAGCAGGCCAGACAAGAACGUCAUGCAGCACGAGCUCUAGCCACGGCUGCCGCUUUGUCCAUCCAAGAUGAGGCCGCAUCCAAUGGCUCGUGUCACGGUGAUCAAGAGACGGGCCUACCGCCACCUGACCGCUCGUCGGCCGACUCACCGUCGUCUGCUGACGGACGUCAUCCGCAAGAGCACGACAACUAUUUCUCGAGGUCUUCAGUGACGGAGGAGAGUUGCAGUCCCGUCGGCUAUUGUGCCAAUGUCGUCGAAGACGUCGUCGAUAGCGCCCAGCUGGCCGACUUACUACUCGAGGAGGAACGCAAACAAGCCAAACUGGCACUAUUGGAAUCGCAGCAACAGCGACGCCUCAAGGAGAAUUCGUACAAUGCCAUCCAGGAACAACAGCGUCGCGAAUCUUUACACAGCAAGAGUCAGCACGAAUGCGCCAACCAUUACGAUCCGAAAUCAAACAUCGAACGAGAAACGAUGCUGCUGUGUCAGCCAUCUGUUGUUUCUCGGUCGGAAUUUCAAACGCGGACGGAUCAGCCGAGCAGCGCAAGUGGAUCGCAUUUAUUGCUGCCGCCAACGACGGCUCCGAUCAUCACCACGACGGCCGCCACUCCGCAAGGAUCUCCCAACGCCACUCUGGAUUCCAUUUCCAGUCGCGGGGACAGCGUCAGACUAUCGCCGUUGAAGUCGGUCAAGUUAGUGGGCGUGUCCCCGCCGCGUCGCACUUCGGCGGAAGGCUCCCCUUUGCACGGAGAUAGUAACAUCAAUUUGGGACUGGAGACGUUGGGUUCGCCGUCUUUACUGCGCACGCCGAGCAACAGAUCUUGCGCUAGUUCCAGAUCGUCUAGACGAUCGAGUUUGAAUCCCAUCAUGCCCAGUCGGGGUAUUCUCAGCAGAAAGAGCAGCCUGGCUGCCCCUUCAGGGGGAGGAAUGGUAUCGUCGCCGGAAGAGUCAGCUGAUACGAAUUCAUUGUUGCCUUCGUCGGAGAUGCUGGGAAGUGGCGUCCUUCGUCAGGGCAGCAAAAAAUUAUGGAGGCGACUCUCAUCGCGGGAUGCGGCCGGCGUACCCGCGACCGGCUCCCACGCCGACCUGGAAGCCGAGCUGGAAGAGGAUCGUACGUCGAACGCGGGCAAUUACAGUCUUUUGAACAACCUGAACAACCAACGACAGCCGAGCUGCAGCAAUCACGAUCGACUUGCGUGUAACGGCAGCGCGCAACACGAUGGAAUUCAUCAGCCAUUCACGCGCAAGCCGAUUCUAUCUCAUCAGAAUUCGUUCGGCAGCCCGACGACGUUGAGUCCGCAGAAUUCUAUCCGCAGUAACGGCUCGUCUCCGAGGAGUCCAUCACCGGGAUUCAACAACCUCGCUCCGAAUAACAACAACAACGGCAGUAGUUUGAAUUUCUCGAUGGGAGAAGGUCAAACGGGAGCCAACAGCACAACCAAAACCGAGGAGGAAGUGGUCGUGAAGAAACGGCUGAUUGUUCGCCUUUAUGAACGAUUCCCUCAACUCAAGGAGCGGGAAGACUACGCCCUCUUUAUCCUAUCGCCGGAAAAUUCCAUUCGGCGGUCAUGUAAUACGUUGGUGACGAAAAGUUGGUUCGACCACGGGAUCUUGUUCUUCAUUGGCUUGAAUUGCGUCACGCUGGCCAUGGAACGGCCGCUCAUUCCACCCGAUUCGUACGAGCGUGCCUUCCUCUCCAUGUCCAACUAUGUCUUCACCUUCGUCUUUGCCAUCGAAAUGAUGUUGAAAGUCUUUGCCGUCGGAAUGUUCUACGGACACAAUGCCUACUUCACCUCUGGCUGGAACAUCAUGGACGGACUCCUCGUUACUGUCUCCAUCGUCGACAUUCUCAUGUCGAUUCUCUCUAGUGGCAGUCCUCGCAUCUUUGGCAUCCUCAGAGUCUUCCGGUUGCUGCGAUCCUUGAGGCCAUUGCGAGUCAUCAACCGAGCGCCCGGCUUGAAAUUAGUGGUGCAAACGUUAUUAUCUUCUUUGAAACCCAUCGGAAACAUUGUGCUCAUUUGCUGCACGUUCUUCAUCAUCUUCGGAAUCCUCGGAGUCCAGUUAUUCAAAGGCAGUUUCUUUUACUGCGAGGGGCCCAAUAUCCGUUCGGUGCGCAACCGGACCGACUGUUUAGCGGCCGAUCCGCGUAACAUGUGGGUCAAUCGAGCCUAUAACUUUGACGAUUUGGGACAGGCCUUGAUGGCCCUCUUUGUCCUUUCUUCUAAAGACGGUUGGGUCAACAUUAUGUACACAGGGCUGGAUGCCGUCGGUGUUGACCAGCAGCCGAUUGAGAAUUACAGCGAAUGGCGUUUGAUCUACUUCAUCUCGUUUCUACUGCUGGUCGGUUUCUUCGUGCUCAACAUGUUCGUCGGUGUCGUCGUGGAGAAUUUCCACCGUUGCCGCGAGGAGCAGGAGAAAGAGGAGCGAGCCCGCCGGAUGGCCAAACGCGCGCGCAAAAUGGAAAAGAAGCGCAGAAUUGGUACUGUAGUCGCACUCAAUGACGUCGUCAUCGAUGGCACUGACCCCGGACCUAAGCCCAGAGCCGUGAGAACGGAGAUGCGACGGCCGCCCUACUACACCAACUAUUCACGCUCCCGACUCCUCAUUCAUAAUGUGGUGACGUCCAAGUACUUUGACUUGGCCAUCGCUGCUGUUAUCGGUCUUAACGUCGUCACAAUGGCCAUGGAAUUUUACCUGAUGCCACCUGAACUGGAAUCGGCGUUGCGUAUUUUCAACUAUUUCUUCACGGCCGUCUUCAUCAUCGAAUCCGUUUGCAAAGUGGUGGCUUUGGGAGUGAAGAGAUACAUCCGCGAUCGGUGGAAUCAGCUUGACGUGGCCAUCGUCAUCUUGUCUAUUGUGGGUAUUGUUUUGGAAGAGAUGAAAUCCGAUCUGAUCCCCAUCAAUCCGACUAUUAUCCGCGUCAUGCGAGUUCUACGGAUAGCCAGAGUGUUGAAGUUGCUGAAAAUGGCCAAAGGAAUCCGCUCUCUGCUGGACACAGUGAUGCAAGCACUUCCGCAAGUCGGCAACUUGGGACUCUUAUUCUACUUGCUGUUCUUCAUUUUUGCUGCCCUCGGAGUCGAAUUGUUCGGCCGUUUGGAGUGCGACGACGAACAUCCGUGCCAGGGUCUUGGGGAGCACGCACACUUUGCCAAUUUUGGCAUCGCCUUCUUGACGCUGUUCCGCGUAGCCACCGGCGACAAUUGGAACGGCAUUAUGAAGGACACGUUGCGCGAAAAUUGCGAUGCUUCCGCCGAUUGUAUCAAAAAUUGCUGCGUCUCGAGAAUCAUCGCCCCCAUCUUUUUCGUCAUCUUCGUCCUGAUGGCUCAGUUCGUCUUGGUCAACGUCGUCGUCGCCGUCCUCAUGAAACACCUAGAAGAAUCGCACAAACAGACGGCGGAAGAAAAGAUUCAGACGCCCACGACGGAAACGGAUGCUGAUACGGACGAUGAUGUCUUGGCUGAAGACGCACCUGAAACCAAUACCUAUCCGAUGAUCACAUUGAGCGUGGACAGUGAAACAGAAGUCAGGAUAGAAGAAGAAGACGCAACGUCAUCUGUCUGCAGUCCAUGAAAAAAAAAGAAUUUCGAAAUCCAUGUGGAGGGGGACCACACCAUUGUGAAACGACUCCAAACAAACCAAAAUUAUCUAUGGGGAGAAGUAACGAACACAAAAGGACGGAACAUAAGCACCCAACGACCCUCACGUUCAAAUCAGCACGGCAACAAAAAACACAAAGAUCAAAAGGCAAAAUAGAAA